CAUUUUCCCCAUCUUCCCGUGUUUAUUAGCGUAAGCCUCAUCAGCCGCCGCCGCCGCCGCCGCCUCCUCCUCGUUACGCCAUUGCUCGAGCUUCAUCCUCUCCUCCAAUGGCGUCCUUCCUCCUUACCUUCCCCUCCUCCUCUCCAACCCCUCGUUUAUCCGAAGCUAACCCCAUUACGCCCUCAUCCCGCAUUGUUCGAGCUUCACCGUCUCCUUCAAUGGCGUCCUUUCCUUUUUAUGUACCCCUCCUCCUCUCCAACCCCUCGCUUAUUCAAAGCCAACCCCAUUAGGGGAUCAUCUCGCAAACCCUUCACUCGGAUCUCCUGCUCUUCGGACUCCUCACCGGCCAAAGCCACUACAUCGUCCAAGAACCGUCGUCCUGCCGAGGAGAACAUUCGCGAGGAGGCUGCGCGGCGCGAUCACGCUAACCCUAGUAAUGGCCAUGGUCUCUCGGCUUGGUAUGUCCCUUUCGGGGCACAAGAGGAUGGCGAAGAACGCUACUCGUUGGAUGAGAUCGUAUAUCGAAGCCAAUCUGGUGGACUUUUGGACGUCCGCCAUGAUUUAUCGGCUCUGAAGAAAUUCCCCGGCUCCUACUGGCGCUCUCUCUUUGACUCCCGCGUCGGCCACACCACCUGGCCUUAUGGCUCCGGCGUCUGGUCCAAGAAGGAGUGGGUGCUCCCCGAGAUCGAUGGCGAAGACAUCGUCUCCCUCUUCGAGGGCAACUCCAAUCUCUUCUGGGCUGAGCGCUUCGGCAAGGAUUAUCUCGGCAUGAACGAUCUCUGGGUCAAGCACUGCGGCAUCUCUCACACCGGUUCCUUCAAGGACCUAGGCAUGACCGUCCUCGUUAGUCAGGUCAACCGCCUCCGUCGCCGCCUUAAGCGUCCCAUCGUUGGCGUCGGCUGUGCGUCCACUGGCGACACCUCUGCUGCCCUCUCUGCGUACUGUGCCGCAGCUCGCAUCCCCGCUAUUGUUUUCCUUCCGGCAGAUCGCAUCUCUGUCGCCCAGCUCGUUCAGCCAAUCGCCAACGGCGCCACUGUGCUCUCCCUCGAUACUGACUUCGAUGGCUGCAUGCGUCUCAUUCGCGAGGUCACUGCUGAGUUUCCAAUCUAUCUCGCUAACUCUCUCAACUCGCUGCGGCUCGAGGGGCAGAAGACCGCCGCCAUUGAGAUCUUGCAGCAGUUCGAUUGGGAGGUUCCUGACUGGGUCGUUGUUCCUGGUGGCAACCUUGGCAACAUCUACGCCUUCUAUAAGGGUUUUGAGAUGUGCCGAGAUCUUGGGCUGGUGGACAGAGUGCCACGCCUUGUCUGCGCACAGGCGGCCAAUGCAAACCCUCUCUACCUCUACUACAAGGCCGGGUGGACGGGAUUCCAGCCUAUCACUGCAAGCCCAACCUUUGCCUCUGCCAUUCAGAUUGGUGAUCCAGUUUCCAUUGAUCGUGCAGUGUUUGCUAUUCGAUCCACUGAUGGUAUAGUAGAGGAGGCCACUGAAGAGGAACUCAUGGAUGCCAUGGCCCAGGCUGACCGUACUGGCAUGUUUGCUUGCCCACACACAGGUGUUGCCCUUGCUGCUCUCAUUAAGCUGAGAGACAGUGGGGUGAUUGGUCCUCAUGACCGGACUGUAGUUGUUAGCACCGCUCAUGGUUUGAAAUUCACACAGGCCAAGGUUGAUUACCACUCUAAGGAAAUCGUGGACAUGACUUGCCGUUAUGCCAACCCACCUGUGAAUGUGAAGGCAGAUUUCGGCUCAGUGAUGGACACCUUGAAGAAGAAGCUUGCAGGGAUGUUGUAAAUUAAUUGCUCGCUCAGUGCUAAUCUUGUCACUCACUGGAUGGAGUGGCUUUCAAAAAAGAAAG